AUGUUCCCGAUUGAUGAGACCCUGAAGCGUUGGCUACGAUACAAGGCCACAGAGGCGGCAAUGUGCGAGGACCGAACGACCCGGGAGCGAAUCACACACGAAAAGAUCGACGAGCUGUAUGCCGACCCCGUGCAAGCUGAUCCUGGAGCCCAUUACGCCAAGAAGCUUUACCUUGACCUCUCCAGCCUCUCACCUUACAUCUCGGGACCCAACUCUGUCAAGGUCUUGACCCCGCUGAGCGAGCUUGAGCCGAAGAACAUCAAGGUUGAUAAAGCUUAUAUCGUAAGCUGCACCAACUCACGAAGCUCAGAUCUCAAGGCUGCCGCCAAGGUUUUCCAGGAUGCCGCCGAGGUCAACGGCGGCAAGACUCCGAAGACCGCGGACCAUGUCAAGCUGUACAUUGCGGCAGCUUCGAUCAAUGAGCAGAAGAUCGCCGAAGACGAGGGUAGCUGGCAGACACUACUUGACGCCGGGGCGAUUCCUCUCCCUGCUGCUUGCGGACCUUGUAUCGGUUUGGGAACUGGCCUGCUGGAGGAUGGUGAGGUUGGAAUCUCUGCCUCGAACCGCAAUUUCAAGGGCCGGAUGGGCUCAAGACUUGCUCAUGCCUACCUUUCUAGCCCCGAGGUUGUGGCUGCUAGCGCUCUAAGCGGCAGGCUCUCGGGCACUGGUGUAUACAAGGCCCCUGAGAACUUCAACGGCGUGCAGUUCGGUUAUGGUACUGGCUUGCCGGCCUCCCCUUUGAGUCAGCUCGACAGUGCUGUUGAACAGCUCGAGUCUUUCAUCGACCGGGUGGAGGCUUCUGUCCCCAAGGACGACGACAACGAUGCAAAGGCAACCACUCGAAUUCUUCCAGGUUUUCCGGAGAAGAUCACGAGUGAGCUUUUGUUCUGUGAUGCCGAUAACCUUGAUAUGAGUUUUCCAAUUUCAGUGUAUGAACCUUGGAUACUAAGCAUUUCUUUCUUUAGACUGAUAACAUCUAUGCUGGAAAAUGUGAACACAUAUCAGGAUGAAAUUACGAAAGAGGGCAUGGCGAAGGUGUGCAUGGAGAAUUAUGACCCCGAAUUUAGGUCCAUCGCCAAGCCCAACGACAUCCUCGUCUCGGGAGGCAUCUUUGGCUGCGGCUCAUCAAGAGAGCAAGCAGCAACGGCCAUCCUGGCCAACCAGAUCCCGCUCGUCGUCGUCAGCUGGACUCUGACAUGGGACGUCGCUCGGAGCGUCGUCGAGGUGCAGGAGGGCGAGGGCGGAGAGCGCUGGGAGGAGAAGGUGGGACAAUUCCCAGAGAACCUGCAAGAGAUCAUUGCCAAGGGAGGGUUGACGGACUGGACCAAGCACGACAUUGCAAAGGCCGAGGCAUAA